UCUUCCCCAAGAAGAACACAGAACGCGAUCUCCCAACUUGAAAGAGAGAGAAAAAGGAGGUCCUUUUCCUCGACAUCCUCUAUCUCUCUCUCUCUUCCUCUCGCUUUCUUGGGCCCUUUGAACCGACGAUUUAGAAAUGGCAUCGAGUUCACUCUCCCACAACUCGUCGUCAUGGACGCCCAUGCAGAACAAGAUGUUCGAGAGGGCACUGGCCUUGUACGACAAGGACACACCCGACCGGUGGCACAACGUGGCCCGGGCCGUCGGCGGGAACAAGUCCGCGGAAGAAGUGAAGAGGCACUACGACAUCCUCGUGCAGGACCUCAUGCACAUCGAGUCCGGCCAAGUCCCCUUGCCCAGGUACCGAGCGCCCUCUGCCUCCUUCAGCACCAGCAGAGCCAUUGCUGAUGAGCAGAGGCUCCUGAAGAACCUCAAGCUCUGAUGCAUGAUCGCAAACCGCCCUAAGAUCUGUAAAACCGUAAAGAAACGGAAGGAAUCAAGCAGCCGGGCGACGUGAAGGCCGCGAUUCUGCUCUUCCUCUUUCCUCAGGUUUCGUAAAA